AUGAUAAUUGAAAACCUUGAGGCGCUGAAAUCAUGGCUCUCAAAGACGCUUGAACCCAUAUGUGAUGCUGAUCCAUCUGCUCUUGCUAAAUAUGUUGUUGCCUUAGUUAAAAAGGAUAAAACCGAGAAAGAACUUAAAGCAUUAUGCAUAGACCAGUUGGAUGUAUUUCUUCAGAAAGAUACCCAGAUUUUUGUUGACAAGCUUUUCGAUGCUGUGAAUUCAAAGAGUUAUCUACCUCAGUUUGAGCAACCUUCAUCGACAACUGUAAGAACAGAACCUUUUCAACACCCAGAGAAAAAUGAUGUAAAAAAAGAUGAGGUAAGCAAGGAAGAUGAGAGGGACACAAAAAAAUUCCCCAGAAGAAUAAAUCACAGCCCCCAGCAAUCCAGUUCACGGUACAGAGACAGCAGAAUUCGGGAUGACCGAAGAAAGGACGACCGCUCUCGUAAAAGAGAUUACGAACGAAAUCCUCCAAGGAGAGACUCCUACAGGGACAGGUACAACAGGAGGAGGGGUCGCAGCCGCAGUUACAGCAGGAGUCGGAGCCAGAGCAAAGACAGGCCUCGUGACCGGGACAGAAGCAGAACAAGAAGCCGAAGCAGAACAAGCAGAGAAAGAGACACUGGCAAAUCCAAAUAUGACCAAGACAGAACAGAAAGAACAGAGCCUUCGGAGAACAAUUAUACUUCAGCAACAUUGGUUUCAUCUGAACACUAUCCUGUCCCAUCACUCAGCAGUACUAUCACUGUUAUAGCACCAACUCACCAUGGCAACAACACUAGCGAAAGCUGGUCAGAAUUCCAUGAAGAUCAAAUAGAUCAUGGCUCGUAUGGGAGAGGACCACCACCAAAGAAACGCUGCAGGGAUUACGACGAAAAGGGCUUCUGCAUGAGAGGAGAUAUGUGUCUGUUUGACCAUGGAAGUGACCCAGUAGUUGUGGAAGAUGUCAAUCUCCCAGGCAUGCUGCCUUUCCCAGCCCAGCCCCCUCCUGUUGAAGGACCGCCUCCUCCUGGCCUUCCACCACCUCCCCCCAUGAUGACGCCACCACCUAUAAAUUUAAGGCCGCCAGGGCCCCCUCCAAGUCCUUUACCUCCAAGCCUUCCAUUGAUAACAGGGCCUCCACCACCUCUUCCUCCUCUCCAGCCUCUCCAGCCCGCUGGUGUGGAUGCACCCCAAAACUCCAUUACAAUUUCUGUACCAACAUUACCAGUAGGUGGAAUAUAUACAACACAGCAGGCAGCAAUUGGAAAUGUGUUGAAAAAUGAACACUUUCUUUUCCUUUUAGAAACAUAUGAACCUGAUGUAUAUAAUCCUGAAGCACCAAGCAUAACCAGCACUUCAAGACCUGUGUAUAGACACAGAGUGCAUGCGCAAAGACCAAACCUAAUAGGGCUGACAUUGGGGGAAGUGGAUCUUCCACCAAGAGAAAACCUUGCUAACAACAGCAUGAGAAUAGUGGUGGAAUCAGAGUCCAGAAAAAGAGCAACAGGGGCAGUAGACAGUGGGAUGCUUUCUAAGAAACCCUGGUUUGACAAGCAACAUUUCAGUAACGCUAACAAUCUAGGAUUCCAGAAGAAGAUGCAGUUUGGAACUGAAAAUGCAAAGUUAGAAGUAAGGAAGAUUCCUUUGGAGCUCAAUAAUAUCCGCAAGCUUAAUGAACACUUCAGCAAAUUUGGCACUAUUGUUAAUCUCCAGGUGGCUUAUAAGAGUAAUCCUGAAGGUGCCCUUAUUCAGUUUUCCAGUCAUGAAGAGGCAAAGAGAGCUAUAUCCAGCACAGAAGCUGUGCUUAACAAUCGCUUCAUCAAGGUAUUCUGGCAUCAAGAAGACAUUGCACCCCAACUGCAGCCUACGGCACUACAGGUGCAUCAGACUUCACUACAGCAACCCAGUGUGUCAGCACUCAAACAGUCUGUGAAAGAUCGAUUGGGUCCUAUACCAACAACCACUACAGAGCCAACUCAGCCACAACCUUCAAACACAGUUUCCACUCAGAAUACCAGUAAACUUUCUGUGAAAGAAAGGUUGGGUUUUUGUUCAAAACCAUCAGCAGUCGCGAAUCAAAAGGUGCUGUCUACGUCUAUGGGCCUUACAAAAACUGUUUACAACCCCGCUGCCCUGAAGGCAAUACCGAAAACUCCGCCUUUUGUGAACACUGGUGUUGCAGACCACAGCGAAGCUCUGAAAAAGAAACAGGAAGCAUUAAGGCUUCAACAAGAUGUAAGAAAAAAGAAGCAGGAAAUAGUGGGAAAACACAUUGAAACCCAAAAGAUAUUAAUCUCAAAACUGGAGAAAAACAAAGCCAUGAAAGCAGAGGACAAGGCUGAAAUCAUGAAAACUCUGAAAACUCUGACAAACAGCAUAACCAAACUGAAAGAUGAACUGAAAGCAAUCUCAAGUGGCAUUCCUCACAAAACAAUGAAAACCAAGGCUCAGAUGCAAAAAGAGCUGCUGGAUUCAGAGUUAGAUCUGUAUAAGAAGAUGCAAGCUGGGGAAGAUGUUGCACAACUGAGGAAAAAGUACACAGAACUUCAGCUAGAGGCUGCCAAAAGAGGAAUCUUGUCAUCUGGACGUGGUAGGGGGGGCCAUGCCCGGGGACGCGGGGCACUUAGAAGCCGUGGAAGAGGCAGAGGUGCCCCACUGUAUGCUGUGGUGGACCACCGCCCAAGAGCUUUAGAGAUCUCUGGUUUUACUGAACCUGAUAGAGAAGACUUGCUUCCUUAUUUUGCACAAUUUGGUGUAAUUGAAGACUGGCAGAUUGACGACUCGUCUCUUAAUGCUGUCAUUACCUACAGGACAAGGGCAGAAGCGGAGGCUGCUGCUGUUCAUGGGGCUCAGUUUAACGGACAGGACCUUAAACUGGCAUGGCACAAGCCUGUCGCCACCCUUGCCAUCGCAGAUCCUGAGGAAGCAGAACCCGAUGAAGAAGAGCUUCAGUCGGAGUCCUUGCUAGAUGAUGCUUUACUUCAAGAUGAUGAUGAAGAAGAGGACGACAAUGAAUCUCGGGCAUGGAGAAGAUAAUUUACCAGACCCUGACGCAUGACUGUCAGCACCUACACCAGACUGCUUACCUGACUUGUUUUGAAAUACUUUUUAACAGCUAGUAGUGUGUUUGGCUAGAAAUUAAUGAAGAUUUAAGUUUAUAAAAAUGCUAGCAGAAGUACCUCUGUUAUGUUUAAGAGACAAUUGUAAAUAUUGUAGGAGGCAAGCUUCUCUUUUUUUUCUUUAUUCUUCUGUAAUGUACAAUGUUACAUGACCUUUACCAAUUUGGUCUAUUACUAGUGACCAAAAUUGUUUUAUUGAGAGUUUGGUUCCAUGUUAUUAUGGAAUGAAGUUACAUUGGAUAACUUUUAUGAAUGCUCAUGAGUUCUGAGACGACCACAAACGUAUAUUAGGUAUUUGGAGGAAAAAAUAAGUUACUUUGCAUAGUAUGCUUUACUAUGUAUAGUAACAGCCGUUUUGGUUGUUGAGUUUUGUGUACGUAUUUUACGUAUUGGAUUUUAAUGAUGCAUUGUGUGGCUGAUCUGCUUCCAAGUCUCUUGACUUAUUUUUUUUUUGGUUUUUUUGAGAUGUGAAAAAUAAAGAAAUGGAAUGGUCUAUAACAUAAAAGCAAAA